AUGCCCAAAGCUUUCCUGGUGAAGAGGAGGAGCCUGGGGGUCUCGGUGCGCAGCUGGGAUGAGCUCCCGGACGAGGAACGGGCAGACACCUACAUCCCAGUGGUUUUGGGGCGUCUGCUGCACGAGCCCCCCGAGGACUGCCGCAGCGACGACGGCGGCGGCGGCAGCAGCAGCAGCAGCAGCAGCAGCUCGGGGGAACCCGGCGGCGCCGAGAGCGGCUUGUCCCCGCGCGCCCCCACCGAAUGCGCGCCCCUCGCCGAGCCCGGAGACGCCGAAGGCCCCUCGGCCGGACUCCCGGACACCCAGCCGCGGCCCGGGGCCAGAUCGAAAAUCAAGUUCACUACAGGCACUUGCAGCGACCCGGCGAUUCACAGCUGUGACCUGUGUGGCAAGGGCUUCCGCCUGCAGCGCAUGCUCAACCGGCACCUCAAGUGCCACAACCAAGUGAAGAGGCACCUGUGCACCUUCUGUGGCAAGGGCUUCAAUGACACCUUUGACCUGAAGAGGCAUGUCCGCACGCACACAGGAAUCCGCCCCUACAAAUGCCACAUCUGUAACAAAGCCUUCACACAGCGGUGCUCCCUGGAAUCUCACCUGAAGAAAAUUCACGGGGUGCAACAGCAUUAUGCCUACAAGCAACGCCGGGACAAACUCUAUGUCUGUGAAGAUUGUGGCUACACAGGCCCAGCGCAGGAGGACCUCUAUCUGCACGUGAACAGUGCUCACCCCGGCAGCGCUUUCCUCAAAAAGACAUCCAAAAAGUUGGCAACACUUCUGCAGAGCAAGCUGGCUGCGACGCUGCAGGGGAGUGCCACCCUGAGCGAGGAGGAGAAGUGA